CUUUGCAAGAGAAGGUUAAAAAACCAGAAAAUCUUUCACUGCAGACUUUUUCCCUCCCUCGGAUGAUUAGUCUUGCAUCGACCAUCAAGAGGUUCUCAGGAAUUCUUUCACAACGAUGGACAAAGACUUCGAAUCCGAGUUGCUCCUUCAAGAGCAGAGUUCGGAAUUUCCAAGAUUUUCUUUGAGAAAACACAAACUCCAAAAGGGCGGGGGUCUCUUACUGCUCUUGAGCUUUAUCAUCAUUUUGUUGUCCGGCAUGAAUAUUCUACAGUGGAUAGCAUCAGUGAAAAGAUGCUCGACCGGUGAAGGAGAAGAAAAUCAUUCAAAAUACGGUAUACAAAUAAAUUCCUAUCCUCACAUUUUCCAAUAGCUGUCUAAUAUCAAUUUGUAGCUGAUCUUUUUAAUGAUGAAAUCAGCGUCCAAUGGACACGUCCAUCCAUCUUGAGCAGCACUAAUCAAACAGAACGAGACCAUGAAUGGGAUUCCAUCAGUUAUGAUAACGGUAUUGUGGCAGUCCCAAAAGAAUGGGCUGCGAAGAAAGCUCUGCCAAUGGGGUCAAGCUUUCCGUGGAAUACGAGCAAAGCGCUCUAUCUUGUGAAUGCCCAUCACAAUCUUCAUUGCUUGGUAAGCACUACAAAUCCUUCAGAUGACAAAAUCGCUCACGGAUUGAGAAAAACAUCUAUCGUUCGGUAAUGGAAUCUCAGAAGGGUCAGCCUCAGUCUCUGGGACAUGAGCACCUGGUCCACUGCUUAUCCGAGCUUGUCGCCGAUGUCAAAUGUAACGCUGAUGAUACACUUCGAUACAUGAAAGUUGGCAAUGGAAAGUCAACCGCCGUGGGUCAGUCCCGCACAUGUCGUAACUGGGAAAAGCUUGAGAAAUGGACGUAUGAGAAUGCUGGCUGCUAUCGGUAUGGCAACCCGGAUAUUGAGGACCAUGCGAAAAGCCAGAUUCCAAGAUUCAGAUAUUGUCCUGAGGGUUCGGAGGAUUUGGAACAUGUUAGGAAUUAUUUCGGUAAAGGAAGUGAUUGGAAGCCGUAUGAAGAGAAUGUGUGGAGCUGGGACGAGGAUUGGGUCCCUUCUAACACUGGAUUAGAUGACUGGGUGAAGCCUACUUAGCAUCCUUGAAUAGUCGUACCAAUGUGAUAGCUCCUAGGUACAAUCAUUCCCAAGCUGUUGGUAGAGUUAAAUGCACUUGUGAAAUCUCAAUUAGUAAUGAAAAAACUGCAAUUAGUUGUUUAAAGACAAGCUGUGAAAUACAUAAGAUUACUGUUUUAUUUGGUAUGCACACACC